AAUGACAAAGAGAGAAGUUUGUUGAAUCAGUAGUUGCAGAGACAUGGUUAGUUCCGCUGACUCUGUCAUCAAGUCAUCUUCUCUCCCGUUUACUUUACGCUCACAUCUCUUUUUCUCCAGAAAUCGAAAACAGAGACAUUCAUUUUUCUCUCAAACACAAUUCUUUUCUCAUCUUAAGCAAAGUUUUCAUCGAAAUGAAGAAGUUUGAAUCAUCUAACUCUGUUUAAGAUCUCAUUUUCUCUGGAAAAUUUACAGAAAAAAUUCAAAAAAAUCAUUACUUUUUAACUUGCUUACACUUUCUCACGCAACAAACGUAAAACCCACAAAAGAAAUUCGAAGCCCAAGUUUUCAAACUCUGUUUUUUUCUCUGAUCAGAAACUAUGACUUUGAUUCAUAAAGGAGCCAUCUUGGCUCUGUUUCUAGCGUUGACUAUGGUGGUCAACGGAGUUUUCGGGAGAUUCAUCGUGGAGAAGAGCAGUGUGACGAUUCUAAACCCUUUGGCAAUGCGGUCUAAACACGAUGCAGCCAUUGCUAACUUCGGUGUUCCUAAUUACGGUGGUUACAUGAUCGGUUCCGUUGUUUACGCUGGUCAAGGAGCAUAUGGAUGUGACUCUUUUGACAAAACUUUCAAACCCAAAUUCCCUCGUCCUACCAUUUUAAUCAUCGAUCGUGGAGAGUGCUACUUUGCAUUAAAGGUAUGGAACGGUCAACAAUCCGGUGCAGCAGCAGUUUUAGUAGCUGAUAACGUUGAUGAGCCAUUGAUAACUAUGGAUUCACCUGAGGAAUCCAAAGAAGCUGAUGACUUUAUAGAGAAACUCAACAUUCCUUCGGCUUUAAUCGACUUUUCUUUCGCCAAUACACUCAAGCAAGCUCUUAAAAAAGGCGAGGAAGUAGUCCUGAAGAUAGACUGGAGUGAGUCAUUACCUCAUCCGGAUGAGAGAGUUGAGUAUGAGUUAUGGACUAACACGAAUGAUGAGUGUGGUGCGCGGUGCGAUGAGCAGAUGAAUUUUGUCAAGAACUUCAAAGGGCAUGCGCAGAUUCUUGAAAAAGGAGGAUACUCUUUGUUCACACCUCAUUACAUUACAUGGUUUUGUCCUAAAGAUUAUGUUUCUAGCAAUCAAUGUAAGUCUCAGUGUAUCAACCAAGGGAGGUAUUGUGCACCUGACCCUGAACAAGACUUUGGAGAUGGAUACGAUGGCAAAGACAUUGUUUUCGAGAAUCUGAGACAGUUAUGUGUUCAUAGAGUAGCAAAAGAGAAUAACCGGUCUUGGGUUUGGUGGGACUAUGUUACUGAUUUUCACAUUAGGUGUUCAAUGAAGGAGAAGAAGUAUAGCAAAGAAUGUGCUGAGAAAGUUGUUGAAUCUCUUGGUUUGCCACUUGACAAGAUCAAGAAAUGUAUUGGUGAUCCUGAUGCUGAUGUGGAGAAUGAAGUUUUGAAAGCUGAGCAAGCGCUUCAGGUAGGACAAGGUGACCGCGGGGAUGUCACAAUCUUGCCAACAUUGAUCGUCAACAAUGCUCAAUACCGCGGUAAACUCGAGAGAAAUGCGGUACUAAAGGCUAUAUGUUCAGGAUUUAAGGAAAGAACUGAACCGGGAAUCUGUCUAAGUGGAGAUAUCGAAACAAACGAAUGUCUCGAAGCAAAUGGAGGGUGUUGGCAGGACAUGAAGUCUAAUGUAACAGCUUGCAAGGACACAUUUAGGGGAAGAGUCUGUGAAUGCCCUGUUGUGAAUGGUGUGCAGUAUAAAGGAGAUGGCUAUACCUCAUGUGAACCUUAUGGCCCUGCCAGAUGCUCGAUUAAUCAAGGAGGUUGCUGGUCUGAAACCAAAAAGGACUUUACUUUCUCCGCUUGCUCGAACUUGGAGACAUCGGGAUGUCGCUGCCCUCCAGGCUUUAAAGGAGAUGGUCUUAAAUGUGAAGACAUUGAUGAAUGUAAGGAGCAAUCAGCUUGUCAAUGUGAUGGAUGCAACUGUAAGAACAAAUGGGGAGGCUUUGAAUGCAAAUGCUCUGGAAAUCGUCUCUACAUGAAAGAACAAGACACUUGUAUCGAGAGAAGCGGAUCAAGAAUCGGAUGGUUCUUUACGUUUGUGAUUCUAGCUGCAGUUGCAAGCGUAUGUGUAGGUGGUUACGUAUUCUACAAGUAUCGUCUCAGGUCUUAUAUGGAUUCAGAAAUCAUGGCGAUUAUGUCUCAGUACAUGCCAUUGGAGAGCCAAAACACAACCGAUCCAAUGACCGGUGAAUCUCAACAGCAACAGCUGAGAUUAACUUCUGCAGCUUAAAUUUAUAAUUAACCCUCAAGGAAAAGUCAUUAUAAAGAGCUAAAGAUGGAAUUUUUCUUUGUUUAAUCUUGAAAAAUACUUCUUUUGGGGUCAUUUUUAUUGACUCUUUUCAUUCUUGUAGAUAAGAUAUAUGCAUUAAGGUUUUGAAAGUGGGAACAACAAAGAUCUCUUUGGUCAUCUGUUAAAUUACAGAGAAAUGAAUUGGUUGGGUAAAUGUAACAGUAAGGAUCUUUUUGUCAUAAAAAAAAGUUUGAGGCUUUAAUCAAAGAAUGUAAUAAAUAUGGGGUCAUAUAUGAAAUUCUAAUAAAUGUAAGAUUAUGUUCGUCGGGAGGAGUCAACGCCAAAAAGAAGAGAUGGAGAAUGCUUUGUCGCCGUCGUUGUUACCGUCGCCGGCAAGUGAAGUUGCUGCGAGAGUAUCGUCUUUGUUCGUUUAUCCGAUCAAAUCAUGUAAAGGAAUUUCUUUGUCUCAGGCAGCUCUCAGUCCCACCGGAUUUCGAUGGGAUCGAAACUGGUUGAUUGUGAACUCUAAAGGAAGAGGAUUGACUCAAAGAGUGGAACCCAAGCUUUCGUUGAUUGGAGUAGAGAUGCCUGAGCAUGCGUUUGGAGAAGACUGGGAGCCUGAGAAGAGCUCUAACAUGGUGGUGAGAGCUCCUGGUAUGGAUGCCCUUAAGGUCUCCCUAGCUAAACCCGACAAAAUAGCAGACGGUGUCUCAGUUUGGGAGUGGUCUGGCUCCGCACUAGAUGAAGGAGAAGAAGCAUCUCAGUGGUUUACAAACUUUGUUGGGAAGCCUUGUCGACUUGUUCGUUUUGAUUCAGCCUCUGAGACUAGGCCUGUGGAUCCAAAUUAUGCUCCUGGUCACAUUGCGAUGUUCUCGGAUAUGUAUCCAUUCUUGCUUAUAUCACAGGGUUCGCUUGAUUCCCUGAAUAAGCUUCUCAAGGAGCCUGUACCAAUCAACCGAUUUAGACCCAACAUCUUUGUUGAUGGAUGUGAACCAUUUGCUGAAGACUUAUGGACAGAGAUCCUUAUAAACGGUUUCACCUUUCACGGUGUGAAACUAUGCUCCCGUUGCAAGGUACCAACGAUUAAUCAAGAAACUGGUAUUGGAGGUCAAGAGCCGAUUGAGACUCUGAGGAAUUUCAGGUCAGACAAAGUUUUACAGCCAAGGAGGAAACCACAGGGAAAGAUAUACUUUGGGCAGAACAUGGUUUGGAAAGAUGGAUUCGGCGAUGGAAUAGGCAAAACAAUUGAAAUUGGUGAUUCCGUUGUUGUCCUUGGAAAACUCUCCUCUCCUGCUAAAGCAGCAACUUGAAAGAGCUUAGUUACUUGCUCCAAGAAACUUGCAGCUUGUUAUAAAUAUAUAAUUGUGAAUCUCUCUCUCUUAUUCUUUCACGAGAACUGUGACCACUUUUAUCAGACACCACAUUUGACC